GGUGCGCGGCGCAGGAGCCCUCCACGCGCGCGCCGCUCGCUCUUCUCAAGUUCUCAAUUCUCAUCCCCUCCUCCCCAUCGUGGUCUGGCCUCGUCGCCGACGGACGACCGACGCGCACCCCCGCCAUGCUCUCCAGCCGAAGAUGCUUCGCGGCGGCGGCCAACCGGGUCCGGCCGCUCGCCAGGGCCUUCUGCGACGCGCCGGCCUCGCGCGCGGAUGCGGGGGCCUCCGGGACGCCCAGCCCGCAGGAUCACGCCGAGAAGGUUGCUGCCCUGAAGGAUCCGCCCGAUGUGCUAGACGUUGCUAUCGUUGGUGGAGGCAUGGUGGGCUUGGCUGUCGCUUGUGCAUUGUGUAGCAAAUAUGCCGUUAACGAAACACCUUAGAGUCGCUAUUAUCGAUAGCAAUCCAGCGCUGAAGUCAAGGAGUUACCUGGAUAAAAACAGUAUACCCGAUUCUAGGGUCAGCACCGUUACCCCUGCAACCAUUUCUUUCUUCAAGGGUAUGAUUCUGAAUCAACUAUGUGUAUCAUCGAUUCAUCGUAUUUAAUUUUAGUUGUAUUUCAUCUUGAUUCUUGCAACGGUAUUUGGAUUUAUGUUUGAGCUUGUAUGUUCAGGUGGCAUUUCGUCUAGAUGACCUUUCAUGUUGUUUCCACAGAUAUUUACACAUUUUGUUUGAUCAACUAUACCAUGUGACCACAUUGGAUGUACAUAAAAAGCAGUUCAAUCAUCAUUAGUUAGCGUUUGGUUCAAAGUUCGAGCUUGCCAUGGUGUACUAGCCCUGGAGUCCUGAACCCAGCUGUCACUCAUGGUUGCAAAGGCGACUAGGCAUCCAGGCUAGAGCUUGGUGUGCCUUGACACCUAGGCGAUAAGGCCCCAUUGUUCCCCAAGGCGAGCUGGGUAUGCCUAGGUGGCGCCUUUGAAACCGGGUUGACACUCACCCAUUUUCUUUUCAUAGCUUGCACAAGUUUGCCGAACCGAUUUGGCUGCCACAGAUGGCUCCCCAAAUGAAAUACAGUAAAGCAUUUCUUUCAUAAUCUCCACGUUCCAAAUCACAGUUUACUUUAGCUUUGGUCUAAGUCAAAUUUUACUAACUUUGACCUAGUUCUUUAGGAAAAUAUACUAACAUCCAUGAUAUCAAAUAAAUAUACUAUUAAUAAAUGUUUAAUAGAAAUUUAGUGUAACUAUUUUGAUGUUCUAGAUUUGAUGAUUUUUUCUAUAAACUUCAUCAAUGUUACUCCAUCCAGUGUUUUCUUAGUUUCCUAUCCAGUGGGACAUAUUAUGGUGAUAUGUCGGAAAUCAGUUAGAAACAAGCAUGUCAAUAUAUAUGGUUCUGACAACCACUCUUUAAUUUAUCCAACCUUCUUCAAAGUUUAUCACAACAAAUGCCAAAUUUUCCAUUAUUGUGUUGUUCUUUGAUUGUUUCUGUUUCAUUGUGGCAGUGGCAACACUGCCAAUUUUCUUUCAGGUCACCAGUUUAGACUUUCAGCUGUGUGUACAUUUAUUUUGACAGAGGUAAACCUGGCUUUCAUAAAAAGCUUAGAAUGUUACAGAUAAGCAACUGCUAGGGAUUCUAGCUUAGAGAUAAGCAACACAACUAACAACAGAGAACAGAGUUACAGAAAAGCUAAGAAAGGGGAUACAGCAGAAAGCCUAAACCACAAGCUCCUCAACUGAGUCCACCUCAAAACAAAACUAAAAAGCCUAACGACUGGCGACUCCCUCCACCUCUAGAUCUUCAGUUUUCUUCCAAAAUGCCUGCAACCAACUCUUUGUUCUUCCAAAAUGUCUCAGAAGAAUUCGUCAUUUCUGCAAGAACACUAUGAUCUGUGGUUUCAUUUUUUUAGUUGUGUGUACAUUUCACUACUGUAACUGUAACAAUCACAAAUUACCAUCUGUUGUUAAAUUUUCUGCACUUUGUGCACAUUGGAAAUACAAAAAUAAAUGUCUAUUUUCACCAAGUAUAAUUUAAAAAUGAUACUUUUCCAUGUUUUAAUGUGCAUGGCUUGUUUUGCUACCGGAGACAAUAGUGCAUUAUUGGUAAUGUUCUUCGUGAGUGUGUGUGCAUUAUUGUGGCAGAUAUUGGCGCCUGGGAGCAUGUUCAACAGCAAAGACAUGCUUUCUUUGGUAAAAUGCAGGUGUGGGAUUACACUGGACUUGGAUACACGAGGUAUAAUGCUAGAGAUGUGGGCAAAGAACACCUUGGAUGUGUGGUGGAGAACAAGGUGCUUUGCAACUCACUGCUCUUACGUUUACAGAUUGGUGUCUCUUACUUUCCCGUUGAAGACCAGACAAGCAGGAAUGAAACCAACAUCAAGAGAACCAUUAUCUGUUGGUCAUACUACAGAAGAGUUCCAUCGCAGUCAUUUAGUUAAACUUGAUCUCAGUGAUGGACGGAGUUUAUAUUCCAAAUUGGUGAUAGGAGCUGAUGGUUCGAAGUCCAAUGUUAGACAGAUUGCAGGCAUAAAAACAACUAGUUGGAAUUAUCCGCAGAGUGCAAUUAUCUGUACAGUAGAGCAUGUUGUGGAAAAUGAUUGUGCGUGGCAGAGGUUUCUCCCUUCUGGUCCAAUUGCGCUACUUCCGAUAGGCAAUAACUUCAGCAACAUUGUAUGGACAAUGAGUCCAGAGGAGUCACUGCGCCAUAAGUCAAUGAGCCCAGAAGAGUUUGUGAAUUCUGUGAACCACGCAUUGGAUUUUGGUUAUGGUCCGCAUCCACACUCUACCGCUCUUGACCAUUACAUGGAACAGUUCUUUUCUGGCAUUGGGAGCAGUGCAGCAUCUACAAAGGAAUGCUUCGAAGUGCCACCGAAAGCAACCCGUGUAGUUUCUGAGAGAAUGGCGUUUCCAUUGUCGUUGAUGCAUUCCCAUGAUUAUGUUUCCAAAAGGUUAGCAUUAGUUGGAGAUGCUGCUCAUACUGUCCACCCCUUAGCCGGCCAAGGUGUAAACUUGGGCUUUGGUGAUGCUGCUGCUUUAGCAAAAGUUAUUGCUGAGGGAGUUUCAGUGGGCUCGGAUGUUGGGGAUCUGACUUUGCUACAGCGGUAUGAGAAGGAGAGGAAGGCUGCCAAUGUGGCGAUGGCAGCAGUGCUAGAUGGUUUUCAGAAGAUGUACUCUGUUGAUUUGGGGCCCCUUAAUGUAGUGAGAGCUGCUGCGUUCCACGGUGCCCAGUACAUAUCACCACUAAAAAAGAACAUCAUCUCUUAUGCAACGGGUGACACGAAAUGGUCACUAUUUCAGUGAACAGCACUGCUUUGAAACUCUUGUCCUCACCUCGUUCUUUGUUUCGGCAUGUACUGGAAACAAAGAACGCAAUCAGUAAUUUCGUUCGAAAGACAUCCUCAUUUGGGCUGUUUGGUUACUGGGACACGUCAAGCGCCCGUCUCGCGCUAGCCUGGAUCCCUGGGAACGUAGCUCUUCUGCGUUUCUGCUCGUACAGGCCAGCGACCAAAAAAAGCUCUAUACUGCAUGCGCGGGUGCAAGCAGUCGUCAUGCACUACAGUCAUCCAAACACGAGCUCAGCAUGGUCAACGUGACGCCGUGGGCCUAGACGCCACCAGCCAAUCAACCAAUCAUGCGAAUUGUGUUGCUUUCGAUCUUAGUGUUAAUUUGAGCGCCCGAGGCCCGACCUAGUUUGUGAGGUUAGUCUCUUUCCGUGCUCACUUUGUAUUUGUACUAGCUAGAGAUAUAAUACUCAGCGCGUUGCUACGUGAGUUGAGUUGCUGACGAUUUAAAUAAAAGUAGACUAUAUACAAUUAUCAGUACGAAGGAGUAAACUAUUCCCUGUGCCCUAAAAUAUAAUUUGUUUUAGACUAAACACAUAUGUAAUUUGUAUGUAAGUCUACAAUCAUUAUUAUGAUUCAUUCGCACUAUAAAUUAA